CCAAAACAAAAACUUUCACUACACAAAAGCAAACCUUUUUAAGGUCCUUCAAAAAUACUCUCACAUUCCUUUGCAUAUCCAGUAGGAUACAAAACAACAAAUCCUUUUCCCCAAAAAAAGAAUUAAAAAUCCUUAGAACAAUGGAGGAGAACAGAUAUUACUUGAAGCGUAGUCAAGUUCCAGCAUUUGGUAGCUGGGAUUGUAAUGAUAAUGAUUUUCCAAUUCCAUUUACAGAGUGUUUUGAAUCAGCUAGACAAGCUGGUUUAAUUCACUAUACUUACUCACAAGAUUCAGAUUUGUAUGUAACUGGAGAUCUUUACCAGAAUCAUGUUGUUACUCCCACAAUGAUCGUCGUUCCUCGUCGUAAGAAAAAAGGAAGUUACAAAGAAGGAAGAAAAGAGGGAUGGGUGAUGUGUGAUAAUUGUGAGAAAGAGUCACCAAGGCAUGUUAGUGUUCCUCUAUCUCCAGUUCCAACAGCUAGACAUGUUCACAGAAAGCCUGUUGAUGAAGAUCUUUACAAGAUUUCUCCUGACUUGCUCUACCCUAGGUCUAAAAUGAAAGGCAUCCGAGGAUUCAUAUCAAGCUGCUUGAUGCCAAGUUGUGGUUGUUGAAUUUAAAGAAAAAUGCAUAUAAGAGAAGAUGUGUGUUAGUAUAUACUAUUUACUACAGAGAUGUUUGAAGUGUUUUUUGGGGUUUAAAUCAGUAAAAAUGGCCAAAAGAGAAAGAAGAAGAAAGAUAUGGAAAAUAUUGGUCAUCUCAAGAAAAGAUAAAUAUAUCAUUAUUGUUAUAUGGUACAAUAGAGGAGACUUCCCUUUAACUUCUGUUGCAAACAGUAUGUUUCUUCUUGAAAGUAAUUUGAUGUCCUAGUACUAGUAGUACAAUAUAUACUA